UGCUAUUCCUUCUCUCAGCGGCGACCGGUCGACGAUACUGCACUUAUCAGCUCGACGCGUAAGUUCUCACUCGACUUUUUGCCAAUGUUGGUUCUAGAGCAACUCGAUCAUUGGGCACACCUUUCCGCCGACACAUAUGCAACACACAGCUAAAGAGGCACGGCUGACGCUCCUCAGAAUUUAUCAUACGGCCCUGCGCAUUCCCAAGAUUGAGGGAACCUUCCCUGACGUCCCAGGAACUUCACGAUGAGCGCAUCCGAAUCCAGUACUCCUCCCCCAAGCACACCAGUUCCGGCGGCUAAACAAUCGGCCAACGCUUCGAAAGUGCCUCUACUGGGCGAAGGUUUCCAAGAAUCUACAAACCCUCGGCUGUCGAAAUCGACGGACGUCGACAGCAGCGAUGGUGAACCCGAUGUUGGUGAAACAACAAGGGAAGAUCUAAAAUUUGGAAAGCGAAGAUUAUUUGGCUUUGGGAAAAAGAAGAGGGAUGGAGAGAAGGCGACGGGGAAGGAAGAAGAUGAAAUUGCACCAAGCGUAAAUGCUCGUAAUGCAGACGUCCCAAUUGCACAACCUGCCGCCCAAAGGUUCCCAACACAGACAUCUCCCUCCCGCUCAAAUGAACGGUACCAGUCACCCUCCUCGCCGCAGCGAAAUCUCUACUCAUCAUCGCCCCGCGUUGUAUCACCAGCGGGCUCGCAAAUAUUCGAACGCGAUGUACAAGAGAGUACCUUACCGGUGCCCAAUUCGCCCGCGAUCCCGUCCCAUAUUCAGAGAGAAAACUACAUCCCACCCGUAUUAGAUGCUUCUUCUGAAGCUAUCACCAAUAGCACACUCGACCCAGAUACCGUCGAGAUAAUCAUGCACUCCUCCCACCAGCCGGCAGCAGUAACUGUUACCGGGGUAGGAAACAAUGAGGUCACACCAGGAGCUUGGCCGGAUGAGUUGGUUGCACAUCCAGACAAAGACGACGCAGCAUCGUAUUAUGGUGCCAUUGAUAGUGCGGACGUGCGCCGACUGAGCUUCAUCUCCUUUUCAGACAUUGUGCAAUCAGAGCACAUUGAUCAUGCCGGGAGCAGAGAUUCGAUAUACGUUGCAGGACUUGGUUCAUUGUCAUCAGGACACAACCAAUCUCCUUCACCAGUUCGAUCGCCAGUUUCGUCUACGGGGUUGGGAACUUCUCCUCCGACGAGCAAAUCGGCGUCAAUCAAAGGCGUUGAUCUUUCACCAAGAGGGAGACCUCUGGGAAGUCCAUUACUGCCAUAUCCGCCUCUCAGCGGCGGAGAAUUAACAAUUGAAACAAUGAGUCAAGCUCUGAGAAAAACGGGAAGCGGAGAUCUCAGUGGUUUUCGAAGCCAACCCCUGAGUCCUUCGAGUCCAGACGGGCACUCUGAUCGAGCUUUCAAGUAAGAAUACGUGGGGUUGGCCGGCAUUGUUAGGUGCGGUCCAUUUGGAAAUGUUAUACUUUCUAUGAUAUGAAACCUGAGAAAGAGAUGACCGUCAGGGCUUUCUUUUGAGAAUUUUGGGAUGAACGGAGAUCAUCGGAGCAGGGAGGUCUUGUCUUCAAUGUGUCGCUCGAUUGAGCUGACGCAGGUGUUAUGGCUGGGAAUCUUCACUUUUCCUGUUCUUUUAACACGGCCGAUGUCUGGCUGAUGAGUAGUUAGGGAAUAGGGAAUUACAUACAAGCACGUUGUCCACACAUGCUGGUGGGCCCCUGGAACGGAGGUUAUAUAUACUGUAUACUGUGUACUUUGUUUGUACUGUGUAGAUGCCAAUAUCUUGGUUGCCUCU